GCCUAACCCACCCAAUCCAACCCAAAAAAACUAUGGGUCGAUUGGGUUUGGGUCGUUUGUGAAUCAUACCGUACUAGUAACUUAAUCGGAAAAACUUUUAGUUGAAUAUCAAUGGAUCCACCUAAUAUUAUAGACCUCACCAUAAGUUUGAUUUCAUGUUGUGAAAUCAUACCGCACUAGUGACUUAAUCAGAAAAACUUUCAAUAGAAAUUUAGUUUGAUAGACAAUUUUAACGUAUGAAAUGGCUAAAUCGUAAUUAAACUACGAUUUUAAGUUUUCAACACAAACUAACAUACCAUCCAAUGCAAGUACAGCCCACUACGAAUUCGCAAUUGUUUGGUUCCUGUAAAAAAAAAGUGUCGAGACUCCAGACUGGGCCUAUGCUGGACUUACCCUAGUACGGCCCAACUUCUGUAGCUGUACACUACACAGGCACAGAUGCCCCUUUCAGGCUUUCCCUGACCCUCGUGCAGCCGUGCUCGUAUAGUCGUACGCCACUUCGUACGCGGCGAUUGGUGCAGUUGCCCACUUUCUCGCUUGCUGUUCUAUGCCAGCCAUCAAACAAAAUUACAAACCCCAGUCCGCGGACAGUUCUCACUUCAACAUCUUGCAACUCCCAACUCCUCCAUUUUCUUCAGUUUCCUUUGUUCUUCGGCAUCUUCCUGCAACACCACCGCUGGUUUUUGCUGCUCAGUUUAACCGUCCGUCGCCGAAAUCCCUUCCAUAUCAAUGGAGUCGAACGGAGACGACGCUGCUCGUAUCCUCGCCGAACUCGAAUCCCUCAAGUCCGCCAAAACCGACAUAGACAACCGAAUUCGAGCUCUGGAAGCUCUCCGCGACUUGAACCUCCAGAAGCCGGCCGUCUCCAACAACGGGUCUUGUUAUUCAGGCGGCUCGGCCGUUGAUUCUGCUCUCGCUCACGGAUUAUCGCCGGAUAUGAUUUACCGCUACAGCCGCCACCUCCUCCUUUCCUCUUUCGGAGUUCAAGCGCAGUCAAAGCUCGUUAAGUCUUCAAUUUUAGUGGUUGGAGCAGGAGGAUUGGGGGCACCUGCUCUGAUGUACCUUGCCGCUUCUGGGGUUGGCCGGUUGGGUAUCGUCGAUCAUGAUGUUGUUGAACUAAAUAACAUGCAUAGGCAGGUUAUACAUACUGAAGCGUUUAUAGGUCAACCAAAAGUUAAGUCCGCUGCUGCUGCCUGUCGCUCAAUCAACUCCUCGAUUCAGGUAGCAGAACACCAAGAAGCAUUACGGACAUCCAAUGCAAUUGACAUUAUUAGCCAAUACGACAUAAUUGUAGAUGCUACAGAUAAUGCACCAAGCCGAUACAUGAUCAGUGAUUGCUGCGUCGUGUUGGGCAAGCCUCUUGUGUCGGGUGCUGCAUUGGGAUUGGAGGGUCAGCUGACAGUCUAUAACUACAAUGGAGGGCCAUGCUACAGAUGCCUUUUUCCUACUCCACCACCUGCAACAGCUUGUCAAAGGUGCUCAGAUAAUGGAGUCCUGGGAGUGGUCCCUGGAAUAGUUGGCUGCCUCCAAGCUCUAGAGGCCAUUAAAAUUGCUAGUGGUGUUGGGGAGCCAUUGUCAGGACGCAUGCUUCUUCUUGAUGCAUUAUCAGCACGAGUUCGGAUUGUCAAGAUUAGAGGCAGGUCAUUACAGUGUGAAGUUUGUGGAGAAAAUACAACAUUCACAAAGGAGCAAUUUAAGAAGUUUGAUUACGAGAAUUUCACUCAAUCUCCCUUGUCAGCGGCUCCCUUGAAGCUGAACCUGCUCCCAAAAGAUUCCAGGAUAAGCUGCAGUGAGUUCAAUGAGAAAGUCACAAAGGGAGAACCAUUUGUUUUGAUUGAUGUACGACCGGUACACCACUUCAAGAUUGUUUCUCUUCCAAAUGCCAUGAACAUCCCCCUCCCAAGUUUGGAGGGUAGGCUGCCUGAGAUCUCUUCAGCCUUGAAAGAAGAGGAUCAUUGUAGGGGCAACAAAAACCCCGAGUCAGCUGUUGGCCUAUACGUGAUGUGUAGAAGAGGCAAUGGCUCACAGAGAGCAGUUCAAUUGCUGCAGAGGAUGGGAUUCCCCUCUGCAAAGGAUAUAGUUGGUGGCCUAGAGGGCUGGGUUCGUGAGGUGGAUGCAAAUCUCCCCACUUACUAGAGGCCGAAUUAUUUGAUCUUUCAAUGCUUCCUGCAUGAAAUCCUGUACCUCAAGGUAGGGGAUGCAAACUCAUUGCUAACAGUUUACUCUACUGUUUUUGCCCUCAAGUUAUCUGUAUAAUCUACUUUUAACUUUUUUGGGGAAGAUCUCUACUUUAAAAUGUAGGGGCCUUGUUGAACGUUUGCUAAAAAUAAAAAAAUGGAGAGAGGCGCUCUCUCAUCUCUCCUUGAGCUUUCUUAGGCGUUUGCUUUUCUGCCUCUCCUGCAGAUAUGCCGAUCGGCUGGCCAAGCUUUUCUUCAUCUCGUAGUGGCAGUGAUCAACGUUACUCUUGUCAAUCAGGGUCUCUAUGGAAUCCGGUGGAAGUCAAUUCGCCGUGAAAUUGGGGAUGAUCACCCCGGAGGAGUCCCGAUGGUGAUGAAUCAAUUGUUUGUUCCUCAAAACGGUGCACCAUGCCAUGAGAGCCAUAAACGAAAAAUCGACAACUCCCUUGGUGGCGAAGAUGCUAUCGAUUGCCCUAGGACUAAACGUCUGCGGCGGCUCUCUAAGUCGGUGUGGCGAUUUCGUUUACCGUCGGCAAAUGAAUAGGAUUUUGAAGAAACUCUUCCUAUCUCUAAGCGGACUGAAAAUCAGUCAAGGAUAAAGAUUUGUGUAAUGG